GAGCCGCGCCGCCGGCCGGGGAUGCUGCGGGGCCGCGGGCCGCGCCCGUAGCGCAACGGGCCGGGCCGAGCCAGGGAUGCAGGGCAAGGGCAAACUGCUGGUGGUCCACAACGGGCGCAUGGGCCCAGCCGUGUCAGAUGGAGAGUUAAAUGCCUCCCGGGCCCGUGGYAGCAACCACAGUGUGAACAGCCUGCCAGGCCCACCGGCCUCGUGUGGAUCCACACAGGGCUCUGUGGUCAGCUGGGCUGAAUCCUUCGAGACRCUGCUGCAGGACCGUGUGGCUGUCACCUACUUCACUGAGUUCCUCAAGAAGGAGUUCAGUGCUGAAAAUGUCUACUUCUGGCAGGCAUGUGAGCGCUUCCAGCAGAUCCCAGCCAGUGACAAACAGCAGCUGGCCCAGGAGGCACGGCGGAUCUAUGAUGAGUUCCUGUCCAGCCACUCRGUCAGUCCUGUGAACAUUGACAAGCAGGCCUGGAUUGGGGAGGACAUGCUGGCCACCCCCUCCCCAGACAUGUUUCGCAYCCAACAGCUCCAGAUCUUCAACCUGAUGAAGUUUGACAGCUACACACGUUUUGUGAAAUCCCCGCUCUACCAGGCCUGCCUGCGGGCAGAGAGCCAGGGGCAGCCCCUGCCCGACCUGYGGCCCCACUCCCGCAGCAGCAGCCCCCCUCCUGACCUCAGCAAGAAGUCGAAGCUGAAGCUGGGCAAGUCCCUGCCACUGGGCGUGGAGACAGCGGGCAGUGGUGCCAACCGCAGCCCUCGCCGGUCCUUCAGGAAGGGAGAGCGGCGAGAGCCCUCCUGGGCAGAGGGGGGAGAAGGCGGCAGGAGCGCCGUACUGUGGAGGGAGUCCCAGGGCUCACUCAACUCCUCAGCCAGCCUGGACCUGGGCUUCCUGUCCUCGGCCAGCACGGCCACCAGCCCCUGGACAGAGGGCCAACAGAAGAGCCUGGGGGGCAGCGAGGCAGAGCUGCCAGCCAAGCCCAUGAAAUACUGCUGCGUGUACCUGCCCGAUGGCACGGCCUCGCUGGCCUCCGUCCGGCCCGGCCACUCCAUCCGGGACAUGCUGGCCGGGAUAUGUGAGAAACGCGGCUUCAGCCUCCCCGACAUCAAGGUGUACCUGGUGGGGAGCGAGCAGAAAGCGCUGGUGCUGGACCAGGAGUGCUCCGUGUUGGCAGACCAGGAGGUGAAGCUGGAGAACAGGAUAAGCUUUGACCUGGAAAUCUCCUCCCUCAACAAGACCAUCCGCAUCACRGCCAAGUCAACCAAGCGCAUCCGGGAAGCGCUGCAGCCCGUGCUGGGGAAGUACGGCGUGAGCGUGGAGCGGGCGCUGCUGCGGAGGCAAGGUGAGCCGGCCACCCUGGACCUGGAGAAGCUGGUCAGCACAGUGUCUGCUCAGAAACUUGUCUUGGAAACGCCAGCAGAUGUGAGAGCGAUGGAGAGCGCUGAGGCUGCGGCUGCCUCCUCUCUGCUCCGGAGUGAGGAGGGAAGCCCAACAGGAGCAGAGCCCGACACGCGGUGGGAAAUGCCCUCCUCCUUCUGCAGGCCACGGUCUUCAGCUGCCAUGAACCUCAACCGCCGCACCUACGACCUGGAAGGGCUGGUGGAGCUGCUGAACCGUGCCCAGAGCUGCCGGGCCAACGACCAGCGUGGGCUGCUCUCCAAGGAGGAUCUGGUCCUGCCUGAUUUCCUGCAGCUCCCCGUGCGGGAUGACAGUGCCUGCAAGGCAUCAGAUCAGCCCAGUGCCUCUCAGCCUGGCUCCAAGGGAAGCAGCCACCCCCAGGAAGAGCCUGUGCCAGCUCAGCCUUCAUUGGAUCACAAGCUCUGAUGAGUCCUGCUGCACAUCCACAGCCGGCUCGUGGCACCCCCAGGCCGUGCUGGGGUUUAACACGGGCCCGACAGCCCCUGCCCUGCACCGCCGACACUGCCCGGACUGCAGAAUCAUCCACGUCCUGUCCCAAACUGUCGUGUCGUGUCGCUGUGAGUGGCUGAGCAGCUGCCAUGCCCCACUGUGGGGCCACAUCCCGGUGCACAUCGAGGGAGCCCUGUACAUAGAGUGAACCCCCCUGUCCUGCCCAGUGCCUCUGCCUGCCCAGCACAUCCUGCCUGUGUCGGGCUGGCACAGCCCCACUCCUUGUUUGGGUGGGGAAAGCUCCCUUCCAGCUGAAGGGUGUGCAGGAUAGACAGGGUGGGUGGGGAGGAAAGGCAGGCUCCGGUCCUGAACCCCGGUGCUGUGGGCAGGCAGGGUCGGGAGAACAUGAGCCAGUCCCUGGCCCCGUGGGAACAGGGYUGCCCCGUUGUUGAUUUGCAAGUCCACCCUUCCUGGGGAGGGUGAGCAUGGCCCUGGUGCACUGUGCCCCGGGCAGGUUGUUACGUCUGCGUUGUGUGAGUGUGGCCUGAUCCUGCCACAGUAGCACGRCUUGGAGCAGGGCUCAUGGUUCCUGCCCCAGGCAGACAGAGGCAGAGCCAACAGAUCGUGCCAAAAAAGCCUUUUUUCUCCCYGCCGGAGAUCCUGUGUGGGCGGCUGCUGAAGGGACACGAAGGAGCAAAUCCUCACAGCCCCUGUGCCCCAUCCCCACWGGGGCUGCGGUGCUCAGCCUUUGGGGUCAGCCCUGCUUGGUGCCAGAAGAAUGCAGCACCUCUCAGCCUGGUGUGCAGGUGCCCAGAGUGUGCCCAGCCCAUCACUCCUGCCAGCAGCUGUGCUGGGCUGUAGCCUUGAGCCUACAUCUGCCAGUCCUGGCUGUGCCCUGCUGGUCCCCGUGCCCAGCAGCCCAGCGUCCCCAGAGAUCCCAGACAGAAUGUGUGAUGGAAACCUUCCCCCAGCAGCAGCCAGGAGAGAUCCCUCCACAGUCCAUACGUGCCAGAGCCCUUCCUGGCUGUGCCUUGGGUAACCACCCUGCCACCACAACCUGGCCAGAGGCAGAGGGGUGACCCAGGCUUGCCCAGAGAUGGGGGCAUGGCCACUCAGCCCCACGCUGCCACAGCCAGCUGCAGCCCUGUGGCCUUAGUCAGAGCCCCGCUGUGUCUCUGUGAUGCUGCUCAGUUCUGUCUGUGGUGUGGAACCAGGGGAAAUAAAGAGCAUUG